AUGGAACAGCGACCAAAUAUUUGGAAAAGGCUUGAAAUGGUGUUUUCCUGGAUAGAAGAUCUAGGAGCUUGGCGGCUACUGCUUUCGCUUAUGCUCCUCGCAAUCUGGGAGGCUGGGAGCGGCCAGGUCCACUACUCGGUCCCCGAGGAGGUCAAACACGGCACUUUUGUGGGCCGCAUCGCCCAGGAUCUGGGGCUGGAGCUGGAGGAGCUGGUGCCGCGCCAGUUCCGGGUGGCGUCCAAAGGCAGUGGGGACCUUCUGGAGGUAAAUCUGCAGAAUGGCAUUUUGUUUGUGAAUUCUCGGAUCGACCGCGAAGAGCUGUGCGGGCGGAGCCUGGAGUGCAGCAUCCACCUGGAAGUGAUCGUGGAGAGGCCGCUGCAGGUUUUCCAUGUGGAGGUGGAGGUAAAAGACAUUAACGACAACUCGCCGAUUUUUCCAGUGGCAGUUAAAAAUUUGUUUAUUUACGAAUCCCGGCCGCCCGGUUCUCGGAUUCCGCUAGAGGGCGCAUCAGAUGCAGAUAUAGGAGCGAAUUCGCUGUUGACCUACAGUCUUAAUUCCAAUGAAUAUUUUACCUUGGAUGUUAAAAGAAAUGAUGAGGAAAUUAAAUCCCUUGGACUCGUGUUGAAAAAGCUUUUAAAUCGAGAGGACACUUCUGAGCAUCACUUACUAAUAAUGGCAGUUGAUGGUGGGAAACCAGAGCUCACUGGCACUACUCAACUGAAGAUAACUGUUCUAGAUGUAAACGACAAUGCCCCAAAGUUUGAGAGGACAGUCUACAAAGUCAAAUUAUUUGAAAAUGCACCAAAUGAUACUCUAACGGUGAUUGUUAACGCCUCUGAUUUGGAUGAAGGAGUAAAUAAGGACAUUGUAUAUUCUUUUAAUACAGACACCUCAGCAGAUACUCUGUCGAAAUUCCACUUAGACCCAGUUAAUGGAUACAUCACUGUAAAGGGUAACAUAGAUUUCGAGGAAACUAAGUUAUAUGAAAUCCAAGUAGAGGCGACAGAUAAAGGAACUCCCCCAAUGACAGAUCACUGCACUGUUCUAGUGGAAAUUUUGGACACCAAUGAUAAUGUACCUGAGUUGGUUAUCAAAUCACUAUUGUUACCGGUAUUAGAAGACGCUCCACUCGGUACAGUCAUCGCCCUGAUUAGUGUGUCUGACCGCGACUCUGAUGUCAACGGGCAGGUGACCUGCACCCUAACUCCCGAUGCCCCCUUUAAGCUGUUAACCGCUUUCAAAAAUUAUUAUUCUCUGGUGUUGGACAGCGCCUUGGACCGCGAGAGCGUGGUGACCUACGAGCUGGUGGUGACAGCGCGGGACGGGGGCUCGCCUUCGCUGUCGGCCACCGCCAGCGUGUCCGUGGAGGUGGCCGAUGUGAACGACAACGCGCCGGCGUUCGCGCAGCCCGAGUACACGGUGUUCGUGAAGGAGAACAACCCGCCCGGCUGCCACAUCUUCACGGUGUCUGCGCGGGACGCGGACGCGCAGGAGAACGCGCUGGUGUCCUACUCGCUGGUGGAGCGGCGCGUGGGCGAGCGUGCGCUGUCGAGCUACGUGUCGGUGCACGCGGAGAGCGGCAAGGUGUACGCGCUGCAGCCGCUGGACCACGAGGAGCUGGAGCUGUUGCAGUUCCAGGUGAGCGCGCGCGACGCGGGCGUGCCACCUCUGAGCAGCAACAUGACGCUGCAGGUUGAGAACAACACCGCGCCAGCGCUGCUGCCACUGGGGUCUGGCGGCGGGGGCGGCGUGGUGAGCCAGCCGGUGGCGCGUUCUGUGGGUGCGGGCCACGUGGUGGCGAAGGUGCGCGCUGUGGACGCGGACUCGGGCUACAACGCGUGGCUGUCUUACGAGCUGCAGUCGGAGGCGGGGGGCGCGCGCAGCCCGUUCCGCGUGGGGCUGUACACGGGCGAGAUCAGCACGACGCGAGCCCUAGAUGAGGUGGACGCGCAGCGCCAGCGCCUGCUGGUGCUGGUGAAGGACCACGGCGAGCCAGCACUGACGGCCACAGCCACCGUGUUGCUGUCGCUGGUGGACAACGGCCAGACGCCAAAGACCCAGUCGCGGAUGUCGCCGGGUGCCGUGGGCACGGAGUUGGCGCUGGUGGAUGUGAACGUGUAUCUGAUCAUCGCCAUCUGCGCGGUGUCCAGCCUGUUGGUGCUCACGCUGCUGCUGUACACCGCGCUGCGGUGCUCGGCUCCGCCCACCGAGGGCGCGUGCGGGCCGGGGAAGCCCAUGCUGGUGUGCUCGAGCGCGGUGGGGAGCUGGUCGUACUCGCAGCAGAGGCGUCAGAGGGUGUGCUCUGGGGAGGGCCCACCCAAGACUGACCUCAUGGCGUUCAGCCCCAGCCUUCCAUCUGGUCCGGUUAGCCGGGAUGUACAAGAGCAGCUGGAUGGGGAUAUUGAUCUUUCUGCCAAAGUGAGUAAUUUUUAA